CUCUCUCCAGUCGCCGUUCGUUUCUAACCCAAUUUCUGCCUUUCAGCGCCUGGUAGUCUGAGCCCCUCUCUCUUUUCUGUUUUCGGCUUGCCAAAGAGACGCUAAACCAGUGCCCCCUUCACUGAGUCUCUGCCGAAUCCCUGGAAAUGUGGAAAUAAAUAAAGAUAAAGGGGAGACGGGGGGGUGGUGAGGAAACCAUGCACUUCCAAGCAACGAUGUAGACGAUCUUAAGCCUCCGUAAAGAGGCGAAUAAAGGCUAUCUUGAAUUCUGUGACAGCAGUUCAGAGAACUCCAAACACUGUGACUACUCCAGCCAAUGGAGGCUUGAAUGGUUACGAAUGGAGUCGCUGGGAAGUCAGACAAUUUUAAGACAGCUGAAGAACAUUUUCAAGAUCAGGGAUCUGAAUCUGUUGACUUACUCUUGUCAAGACCGAGACCAUAGUUUGCUUCUGACCUAAUAAGCCUCCUCCCUCCUCACACCCUUUCUUUUCCUUUUCCAGUCUAACUUAGCACUUUUAUUCCUCUUCUAAAUAUCUUCCUCUUUUGCUCAAUCGCUUCACCGCUCAUUUUGUUUCGCAUCUUUGGUCUGUAUAGCUUCAUUUUCAUCACCUACAUAGUACCCGACUGGCCGUAAAGUAAACAAAACAAGGAGCUGUGCGUGUGGUCAGAGUAUUGCAGGUUACGCGGGUUCUCCAGAGAAGUAGAACCAGUGGAGAUACAGAUGUGAGUUAUGGAGCCUGAGAAGUCCCACAGUCUGCUGUCUGCAAGCUGGAAACCUGGAAAGCUAGUGAUGUCGAUUCAGUCUAAACCCAACGGCCUGAUAAUCAUGGGAGCUGACAGUUUAAAAAUCUCAUUCCAAGGACAGGAGAAGGCUGAUUUUGACAAGGCGGCCAAAGACGUGAGGAAGCUGAAAACCAGGCCAGAUGAUGAGGAACUAAAAGAGAUCUAUGGACUCUACAAACAGUCUGUAACUGGAGACAUAGAUAUUGAGUGUCCAGCACUGUUAGAUCUAAAAGGAAAGGCUAAGUGGGAAGCCUGGAACCUUCAAAAAGGAUUAUCAAAGGAAGAUGCCAUGAGUGCCUAUAUUUCUAAAGCAAAAGAGCUAAUAGAAAAAUAUGGAAUCUAGAAUUCAGCCCAUGAGAGAAUUUUCCUUUUGAAGCCUUCAUAAUGGUAUCGUGACCUAAUACUUAGGAGAGAUGCACUGUAGCUCUUGAUGGAUCAUCAAUAUUUUUGCUAGUAACAUGACUUGUCAUUCUGAAUUAGAGGUAUGCUGAAACUACAUGUUUAAUAAAAUUUUACUUGCUAAAACCAG